AUGUUUAACAACAAUUACUAAAGCAAAAUAUUCUUAUAGCCAAAACCAAAUGAAUUUAGCAUAUUUGAUGAUUUUGUGUAAAAAGCAAGAAAAAUUUGUCGAACUUCAUAAAAAUCAGUUUCUAAGUAUAAGGAGAGUUCACUUAGUAUCUCAAAAUAACUUAAAACUGAAAUGAAUUAUGAUACUAUAGAGACAAUAAGAAAAUCUAUAUAAAACCCUUAAGUUAAAAUGGAUAGUUAUUUGGAUUAAUAAAUCCAUAUAUCUCCAUUUCGAUUUUAAUUACCAUUAAGAUUAGAAAAAACUUAACAUUUUUUGUUAGAAAAAAAAAGAAUACCAGCUUGUCUAACUUCAAGAAAACUUAAAUCUAAUUUGGAAGGAUAAAUCCAUAAAUCUUUAUAACUUUCCCAAUUUAGAACUAUUAAAAAUUAAAAAUCAGAAACUCCUAAUCCUAUUUAAUAACAAUAAACAAAAUUUUUAAUAACAAAGUAUUUUUUAUCUAAACCUUUGGUAUGUAUAAAGUCUAAUAAAAAGAAAACAGAAAAACCUAUUCAAGUAGAACUAUUAUGA